AUGGCUCCUCACGCAAACUCGGAUGCUCCCUUGAACGGGUCGGCUCGCCCAGACGCCUCUCCUCUGUUCACCGUCCAGUCUCCCAACGUAGUCUACACGGACGAUGAGAUCAAGAGUCGCUAUGCCUACCAGACCACUGAGAUCACCCGGACCGCCGACAACAAGUUGGUGGCAACUCCCAAGGCGAUCGACUACCACUUCAAGGUCGACCGUAAGGUCGGCAAGGUGGGUAUGAUGCUGGUCGGUUGGGGUGGUAACAAUGGUUCCACCGUCACCGCCGGUAUCAUUGCCAAUCGCCGCGGCCUCUCCUGGGAGACCCGCGAGGGCAAGCAGAAUGCCAACUACUACGGUUCUAUUGUCAUGAGCUCGACCGUGAAGCUGGGCACCGACGCUCAGACCGGUGAGGAAAUCAACAUUCCCUUCCGGGACUUGCUUCCCAUGGUCCACCCCAACGACCUCGUCGUGGGCGGUUGGGACAUCAGCAGCCUCGAUCUCGCGGCCUCGAUGGACCGUGCUCAGGUGUUGGAACCCAGCCUCAAGGCCAUGGUCCGCAAGGAAAUGGCCGAGAUGAAGCCCCUGCCCAGUAUCUACUACCCGGACUUCAUUGCCGCCAACCAGGAGGACCGUGCCGACAACGUCAUUGAGGGUACCAAGGCCUCCUGGGCUCACGUGGAGCACAUCCAGAAGGACAUUCGGGACUUCAAGGCCAAGAACGGUCUCGACAAGGUCAUUGUCAUGUGGACGGCCAACACCGAACGCUAUGCGGACCUGGUGCCGGGCGUCAACGACACUGCCGAGAACUUGAUCAACUCGAUCAAGAGUGGCCACGAGGAGGUCUCCCCGUCCACCGUCUUUGCGGUGGCCUGUAUUCUGGAGAACGCUCCCUUCAUCAACGGCUCGCCCCAGAACACCUUUGUUCCCGGUGCGCUGCAGUUGGCGGAGCAGCGGGGCGCCUUUAUCGGCGGUGACGACUUCAAGUCGGGUCAGACCAAGAUGAAGUCCGCUCUGGUGGACUUCCUGAUCAACGCCGGUAUCAAGCUCACCUCCAUUGCCAGCUACAACCACCUGGGCAACAACGACGGCAAGAACCUGAGCUCGCAGAAGCAGUUCCGUUCCAAGGAGAUUUCCAAGUCCAACGUGGUGGACGACAUGGUCGCGGCCAACCACCUCCUGUACGCCAAGGAUGAGCAUCCCGACCACACCGUCGUGAUCAAGUACAUGCCUGCCGUGGGUGACAACAAGCGCGCUCUGGACGAGUACUACGCCGAGAUCUUCAUGGGCGGCCACCAGACCAUCAGCCUGUUCAACAUCUGCGAGGACUCGCUCCUGGCCUCCCCUCUGAUCAUUGACCUGGUCGUCUUGGCCGAGAUGAUGACUCGUGUCAGCUGGAAGGCGGACUCGGAGUCGGCCGAGUACAAGGGCUUCCACAGCGUGUUGAGCGUGCUCAGCUACAUGCUCAAGGCUCCUCUGACGCCUCCCGGUACCCCCGUGGUCAACGCUCUGGGCAAGCAGCGAUCGGCUUUGAUCAACAUCUUCCGUGCCUGCGUGGGUCUCCAGCCUGAGUCGGAGAUGACUCUGGAGCACAAGCUGUUCUAG